UGGUGUUUUCCGACCUUUUAUCUGUUUCAGCUGUAUUGUUUCUCAUACGGUAGGGAGCAACGCGAAAGAAAAAUGGGCUGGAGCUUGGUUGUCCUCAGUUUGGUGAUCCUGUGCUCGGUUUCAAGCGGAAGCAGUGCCAAUAAGACUGCUGUCGUGGCUCAAGCUGCCUCAAUUAAAGCCAAAGAACGUGUCAAGAAACUCGGGGACCUGUGCCCCGACAUCAAAAGCAGUAUGCGGCCCCGACAUUGUGCCGACCUUCUUCGGGCGGGACAGACGACAAGUGGCCUCUACAACAUAUUUCUUGGGAAAGAUGACGUCAAAGGGAAAGUCGUCUACUGCGACAUGGCCACCGAGGGAGGUGGCUGGACGGUCAUUCAGCGACGAGGGCAGUUCGGGAACAGGGUCUUCUACUUCUACCGCAACUGGACAGAGUAUGCCACUGGCUUUGGCGAUCCGGCCAAAGAGUACUGGUUCGGUAAUCGAGCUCUACAUGCUCUGAAGUCGAAUGACGAAUGCAUGAGGCUGAAAAUUGUUCUGAAAAACCACACCGGGGAAAGUAUUUCUUUGGACUACGACUGUUUCAAGGUCGGUUCGGAGAAAGAGCACUUCGAAAUGCAGCUAGGACAAUACUUGGGUCCUGAUGUUGCCGCUGGCCAUACCAAUCCUUCUGCUCUCGUCCUUCAGCUGAAGGAUUUCAUUCGCGAGGAAGUGGCCCGCCAGCUGUCGCUGCGCCCACACAGCCAGGAGCCUGCCCCAACACUAACUCCGGCCGUGCAACAAGCCAUCCGUGCCCAAAUAUCCGACGCACUUACCCCCGUUCGCCCGCCAGCACCUGUGACGGCACCGCUCUCCUAUGUUGACUACCCACCGCUAUUCACAUCUCCGCCGGCACCGCUCUCUUAUGACGACUACCUGUCGCGGGUCACACCUCCACCGCUCAACAAUGCUGCCGCUAUCACAAGAAGCAGUGUCAAGACUGUUGCCGAGUCUCUACCUGACUUAGUUCAAGCAGAAGAACGUAUGAAGGAACUCGUGGACCUCUUCUCCGACAUCAGAAGCGAUAUGCGGCCCCGGCAUUGUACAGACCAUUUGAGGGCGGGGCAGACGACAAGUGGCCUGUACAACAUAUUUGUUGGGAAAGAUGACGUCAAAGGGAAAGUUGUCUACUGCGACAUGGACACCGACGGAGGUGGCUGGAUGGUCAUUCAGAGACGAGGGCAGUUCGGCAACAGCAUCUACCACUUCUACCGCAACUGGACAGAGUAUGCCACCGGCUUUGGCGAUCCGGCCAAAGAAUACUGGUUCGGCAACAGAGCGCUACAUGCUCUGACGUCGAAUGCAGAGUGCAUGGAGCUGAGGAUUGUUUUGAGAAACCACACCGGUGAAAAUGUUUCUCUGGACUACGAGAGUUUCAAGGUCGGCUCCGAGAAAGAUCACUUCAAGAUGCGGCUUGGAGGAUACUUGGGUCCGCGUGGCUGGGACUCGCUCUACAAUUGCAACCACAGCCAAUUUUCCACUUUUGACCGGGACCACGACAACACAGCGUCUCACUGCGCUGAGAAGUACCGCGGUGGCUGGUGGUAUAACAGUUGUCACUUGGCUAAUCUGAACGGCCUCAACUUGAACGGUCCCCACGACAGCUACGCCGACGGCAUUGAGUGGAGCACACGUGAUGGCUCAGGUUUCCUGUACCACUACUCUUAUCCCAGUGUGACGAUGAUGACACGGCCUGUGACAAUGAAUACAAACCACGAAAGCGGUUACGUACACUACUAGGGAAACAAUACCCCUGGUAAUAUUGUGUGUUUUCUUAUCGUUUAAACAGAUCACUGCUUUCAUAUCUUGUUUUAUAUCAUAUACCAGUGUUUAAGCGCUUCUUCCCUAGUGUUCUUUAAGAAUAUGAAAUGGUAUUGCUUUUGAUUGUAUGAUGCCGUUAUGCUACAAGAUAUUUCAUACAUGUGGACUGCUUUAAGUGCACAAUUUGUGUAAUGGCUCAGUUGCAAUCCUCAAAGAAUAGACGUUUUACAGGAGCGGCCAUACACUUUGUAUCUAAUCAGCAAA